GCUUCUGAGCUCUCUCCCUUACCCUUUCCCCUUCCCCAUCCCUCCAAGGAGCCGUAGCCAUGGUUCACGUCAGUUACUACCGCAACUAUGGGAAGACCUUUAAGAAGCCACGCCGCCCGUAUGAGAAGGAGCGUUUGGAUGCUGAGUUGAAGCUUGUUGGAGAGUAUGGACUCCGAUGCAAGAGAGAGUUGUGGAGAGUUCAGUAUGUUCUCAGCCGCAUCCGGAAUAAUGCAAGGGAGCUUCUCACUUUGGAUGAGAAGAACCCACGCCGUAUGUUUGAAGGUGAAGCCCUUCUCCGCAGGAUGAACAAGUAUGGGCUUUUGGAUGAGAGCCAAAACAAGCUUGAUUAUGUCUUGGCCCUGACUGUUGAGAAUUUCCUGGAGCGCCGUUUGCAAACCCUUGUCUUCAAGUUGGGUUUGGCUAAGUCAAUUCACCAUGCUCGUGUGCUGAUUAAGCAGAGGCAUAUCAGGGUUGGGAGACAAGUUGUCAAUAUACCAUCUUUCAUGGUGAGAGUGGAGUCCCAGAAACACAUUGAUUUCUCUUUGACAAGUCCAUUUGGAGGUGGUCGCCCUGGAAGAGUGAAGAGAAAGAACGAGAAGGCAGCAGCCAAGAAGGUCGCUGGUGGAGCUGGAGAUGAGGAGGACGAGGAGUAAAUCUUUAGGCCAUUACCAAUUCUAGAAACCCGUUUAGUUCUCAUUGAAACUCAUCAUCCUUACUAGCAAUUUUUAUAGUUUUGUUUCGAGACUUGUUAUUGUAGUGGAUAUUGGUAUAUGCGUUGCUUUUAUUUAUCGACUAUUGCUGGCUUCCAGUGUGAUUUUGCGCAGUUUCCAUUUUGGUUAAUGCUAAUGAGUAUCUAUGCCUUUUAUAUCCUAGUUUGACUGCUUUUUAUCCAUGCUAAUGAAUGUCUCUGCUUUUU